AUGAAAGGCCCCUGCUGUUAUGGCGGCAAAACCCCCCAUCCCUGGUGCCCCAAACGCCAGGAAUCCCUCCGCCUGCGCCAGCAGAAAACUCUGUCUUCCAUGUUGAUGGCCCGGGCAUUUCAACUCAAAGAAGACGCCCUCAUCCCUGCCCCGGAUUUGCAGGGAUUGAUUGCCGCCCUCGCCGCGGACCAUGCACAAACUGGCACCAAUGAUGCGGCAACUGCCCAUCAGGGACCUGUGGUCCAGGACCACUACGCACAGCUCCGGUCGGACCUCAUGGCCAUUGCUACCCACAAAGGAGAUCACUUACCCAAUUAG